UCCUCUCUGGACGCCGCGCCCCUGUCACAAUCUAAUAUUUUCAUCCCUUCGACCGCUCCCGUCGAACUGGCUCUCGCUUCCCGUGAAGAAGGUGCCGACCGUAUUUUCGUUGUCAGAAAUUAUAACGUAAUUUUCUCUCUUUCUCGCGUCGGAGAAGCAAUCGUGGUGAAAUCCUACUUGCGAGGCCGUUCCGAAGCUAUAAAAACCGUCAAUAAAUAUACCUCUUGUGCUUCGCGCGAUCGCCGUUUACUUUACUUAAUUUGUACUUUUGUUCUUGCAACACGUUGUGCUUCGCGAGACUAAUUUAAUAAUAAUUUUCAACUGUGGCGAAAUUCUUGCACAUGUAACAUCCAAUGUCUUUUUUCUCUCCUGCCCCUCGAGAAGGAUCAGGAUCCUACUGCGUGUCGUCGGGGGUGGGCAGUGAUUCCGAGGUCAUGGCAGAACUGGCGGCACUCCUGCGACAUGAGAUCCCCGAGGGGAGGAACAACCUGGCCGACAGCCACACGAAUCUGGAGAGAGUGGCGGAGUACUGCGAGGCGAACUACUUCCAAGCGGAGAACAAGCGGAUCGCCCUGGAGGAAACGAAGAAUUACACCACCCAGUCCCUGGCCAGCGUCGCGUAUCAGAUAAACACCCUGGCGUACAACUUUCUCCAGCUGCUGGACCUGCAGACGUCCCAGCUCGCCGAGAUGGAGAGCCAGAUGAAUCACAUCGCGCAGACAGUCAUGAUACACAAGGAGAAGGUGGCCAGACGGGAGAUAGGUGUCCUGACCGCCAACAAGAUGACGACUCGCCAGUACAAGAUCAUCGCCCCCGCCAAUCCCGAGAAGCCAAUUAACUGCGGCACACCACGGAGCAAGCAGAGGGGAGGUAGUCAGGGCAGCGUUCAGAGUUUAGGUGCUGCUUCCACAGGUUCGGGCUUAGGCGCUGUUAUCGUGGGGCCUGCUCCUACCACCAAACCGCCCACACCGCCUCAAACAGUGAGAACUGGAACAUUGAGUAAAGGAUCGCGCGAAUAUAGGACUCCGCCAGCGGUAGCCCCACCUCAAGUUCCUAGCCAUUACGCGCCCAACUACCCGCUCGGCCAUCCCAGGCGUGAUCGCCCGGGGUAUAGCACACUACCGUUGCAUGCUCACAACACGUCCCACGCGAGCCAUAAUACCAAUCAUAACGCGCAUGCCAAUACCAUCAAUCAGCACACUAUGCCGCAAGUGGGAACGGUGCAUCCCUUGCAGAGCCAUCCGCAAACGCCGCCGCCGGCGCCGCCCAGCGUCACCGCGGGCUACGUGCAGGAGCAGCAUAACAGUAUGCCACCUCCACCCUCGCCUUUGGUCGGGCUAGGCGAUAUGACGGAGUACAGCGGGCAUCACACUUUGCCACACAGACUGUCGCAUCAGAUUAGCCGUGGUAGCGGUGCGAACAGCCCGCCCUUACCACCGCCACCACCACCGGAGCAGGACGAACAUCCGCAGUUUGGCCGACCGACUCCGUCUGGCGCUAUAAUGCCGAUCGUGCCGGACGAGGAAGAUCUGCCCGGCUGGGUGCCGAAGAAUUAUAUCGAGAAAGUGGUGGCUAUUUACGAUUAUUACGCGGACAAGGAGGACGAGCUUAGCUUUCAAGAGAGUUCUGUGAUCUACGUGCUCAAGAAAAACGACGACGGAUGGUGGGAGGGGGUGAUGGACGGUAUAACUGGAUUAUUCCCGGGAAAUUACGUCGAACCAUGCGUAUAACUACAUGCAAUAAUUGGCUAUAUCAAAAAACUAACGGAAGACUGCAAUUUUUAAGCAUUUAUCGUACGUGUACGUAUUAUUAAUCGUACGUAUUUAUAUUAAUCACUAUUUCGAUUGUAAACCGAAGUUAUAUUUUCUCUAUCUCACUUUUUGUUCGAACAAACGUUCGAAUCUAUAAUUAUGAGCGUACAAAAAUUGAUGCGAGGCUCAUAAAUCGGAAGACAUGAUUUUUGUCUUAUAGAUAUUAUUUUAUAAAUUUAUUGAUUAAUAUUUAAAAAAAGAAAUGAAGAAGUAGGGUAAGGCCGUUCAAGGCCGCCGUAAGUGUCAUAAUGGUGAAUGGGUGGCAGCGUGUAAACGCGUGUUAAUCAAUAAUAGUCUGCAAGGGGUGCAGUGAAUGGUGCAGAGAAAAAUCGAAAUAUCAUCGACUCCCCUCAUUAUAUCAUUGAUAGAUUUUGUGUUCCCUACAACUUUAGUCUUCGUCCUUGAUAGCACGAGAUGUCUUGCCGCCGCCUGUAAUCGUGCGAAAUUCCGAGUGGUAAACAGCCGUUGUCGCGACGUUACGUUACAUUGCGUAAGACGAAGAUAUGUGUACGGUAUUUAAUUAGCGGGAAGAAAAUUUUAGUCGAGCGAGUUCUGAGAAUCAAAUAUUGAAGGAAAAAAAAUUAAAUUUUUAUAUUAAAUGUAAGAAAAUGUAUUUUUCUGCAUCUUUAGCAUUUCCUCGAAUAGAUGUUGAAUUACAUAGCAAUGGAAUGAUAUAUAUAUUCUAUUAUCUACGUACCCGUAUACGUAUAUGUACAUAUUAUCUAUGUGUGUAAGAAUCACAUGUUGCAAUAGACAUCUUUUACCUCUG